UUGACCUGUUAUUUAGUUGUUAAAACUACUUGGAGUUGGAGGAGGGGUGAGAAGCUCGUUCAUCCUCUCUCUUCUGUGAGAGUCAGAGCAUGUGAUGAACAACCGACUUCUUCAGGCCGUUCGCAAAUUUGUUGCCUCAACUCCAGGGAAUUAACAACUGACCUCACAGCUGUCUGCUCUGCGCUGGGCGUAAAGGGACCAUCUCUGUGUUGCUGUAGAGUACUGGUUCAUAUUCUCCAGAACCAUGGACCUGACCGCGCUUUCAGACGACGAGGCCAAGCACGUCUGGGAGGUCAUACAGAGAGACUUCACCCUCAGGAAGAUAGAAGAAGAGAGACUGGGGGACCUAAAGACUAAGAUAGAGAAGGAGGACACUAAGAUUGAGCUGCUGGGUACUCAGACCACCCUGGUAGACUCUCACUGUAUCCGCUGUCUGCAGCCCUUCAAGUUCCUGGUCAACAGUAAGCGUCAGUGCAUAGACUGUAAGAUGUACACCUGCAAGGCAUGCAGCCGCUACAACAAGAAGGAUCACGGCUGGGUGUGCGACCCCUGUCGUAUGACAAGGGUCCUGAAAAUUGGAACAGUGGGAUGGUACCAUGACAAUGUGCGCACCCGUUUCAAGCGCUUCGGCAGUGCCAAGGUGAUGAAGUCUCUUUACAAGCGACUCAACGGAGAGGGCGCCCGGCGUGACAGUGACACACAAAGCAUGCCUGAUUUCCGCAACGACAGGUACAAUGGUCAUGAUGAGGACUAUGCAGAUGCAGAAGCUCAGCGAUACAAAAUGAUGCGAAAGAACAAGCGCCUGCUCUCUGUUCAUCCCAUGGACUUGGAUGUGGAUAUAGAAGAGUAUUUUCCACCCCACUCUCGCACUCACUCUCGUCGACAAUCCUACCAGCAGAUCCAGGAGGAGCGAGGUGGUGGUCACCGGGGUGACAUGGAGUUCAUGGAUUCCAUGCAGCAACAACAACACCGCAUGAACCGUAGGAAGAGCCUGGAUAGGUACAACAUGCGCCCUGACGAUGGGCAGUAUGGGAUGGUGCGUGCCCGCUCCCUAUCCAAGAUCAGCUCCUCUAUGAACCGUCAGCACUAUGUGGACACGUCAGAAGAGGAGGAGGGAGGGCGCAACACCAUGUACCAGACCCCCUAUCGCCGACGCCCUUCCUACAGCCGAGUUGGCUCUCACGAGAACCUGCAGGCCCCAACACAGCAACCGGUCAAUGCGCUAAACAAGCGUAUGUCAGCCAUAGAGAGUCUCCUGAACCGGCUGGAGUCCAAGAUGACUCUACCCCCCGACGAUGAAGCGACGUCCCCGACCGCUGCACAGAUAGAGGAGGAGAAGCUGAGGAGGAAGCUGAGCGAGCUGGCGGGGAACAUCAGUGUUCCGUCCUCCGACGAGGAAGCAGGAGGGGGGAAGAAAACCCCUUUAUUAAAGAGGGCCGCUGUGAAGAGUAACCUCCCAGUCCUCCCCCUAGAGCCCCUCAGUUCUUCCAGCGACGAGGGGCCCACCGAGGCUCAGCAGGUGUACAUGACCUCAGGGAAGUCCUUUGACCUGGAGAAGAAGCUGAGGCAUCUGGAGCAGAGUGCCAAGAACCGCUUCGGAGGGGCCACAGACUCGGAGCUGUCUGACCUGGAGGACGUGGUGGCUCUGACUGCACAUCGGGUCCAGAGCACUGAGAGUGAGGUGUCUGAUUUGGAGAACAAACUUGCUGCUCUAAGUGCCUCAGGGAAGAAAAAGAUAUCAGGUUCACAGAACAGGAAAAGGUUUCCCCAAGACUUCCCCACAAAACCCAGCAACGGCUCAGGAUCCCUACGGAAAUCCAAUCACAUGUAAAAGGACUGUACGACGAAUAAGCCCAAUGAAACUGUCUGUAUUAUCUUAGUUACUGAAAUAUACCUUCAACCUUAUCUGUCACUGAUCCACUGUGUAUCUGAUGUCAAUCUCAUAUCCACAUUGUUACAGUAUGUUAAUGGUAUAUCCUCACCCACAAUGCACAGCAGUUAUGUGCUGUAAAAGCAGGCUACACCAUUGCUAUGUUCAAUGCAAAAACAACCCUGGUUUACUUCCUGAAAGUCAUACGCAUUCUAAAGUAUCCUCUCAGUCUCAAUGUAUCUGAUGUCUAAACUCAUGAAAUGCUCUGAUGUGAUUGGUCAAAAGGGCAAUUUGUGGGGAAAAAAUAUCAGAAUUGGGCUUCCUGCUGCAAAACAGUCUAAGUUUCCUGAUUUAAAAGAUGAAUCUGUGCCAUAUAGGCUACCAACAUUCCAACAGAGGCCAAAUGUGACUUUCUGUGUUAAAAUGGAGUUUGAUUAGUGAACACUGGUAGUUUCUGUACACUAUCAUGACCUCGUCUAAUAAUGACCUUUUGGGUUGCAUGGGAUUCUGGGAAACAAGCAACACGACUUACUAUCUUACAUCACCAACUGUGUUACAUUCAAAUAACAGAGUGUCUGUUACAUAUUGUCUUAGUACAUAUCUUUCUGAAAAAGUGAAAUGUUGUCUUGACACUGACCAGACAAAUAUGAUAUGAAAUAACAAGUUAUCAGGUCUGGAUAAUGAUCUCUGUUUUCUCUCAAUUCAUAUCAAAAAAUAUGUCUGAAACCGUUUUCAAGACAAUUAUAAAUAUUGCAGUAGGAUGAAUAUAUAUAUACUGUAUCAUUUGAAAAGCUGCAGUGCGUUGUGCUGUCACUGGGCUUCUGCAUCUAAUAAAUUGUAUCACAUCAA